AUGCCGUCUUCAGUGGUUAAGGAAGGCCUGCUGACGGAGAGCAACUGUGCAAUCACCGAGGAGCAGCUGAACGCCAUCAUUCGUCGAGGACAGCAAAUAACCGAUUUCUACGAACAGGAGAAGGAUUGCUUUGCAAGAGGAAAAUUCGCCCAAGUUCGUCGAAUCUGUCACAAGGAGACGGGCAUUCACUACGCUGCCAAGAGCAUCAAACGACGGCGACCACGCUGUGGCGAUGUCACCAGCGAGAUUCUUCAUGAGAUUCGUGUCCUCCUAACGUCUGAACACUGCAAUCGAGUCAUUGAUGUGCACGAAGUGUUUGAAACACCGACCGAGUACAUCCUCGUGCUUGAACUAGCAAAAGGUGGCGAGUUGCAGCAAAUACUGGACGAAGAUGAGCGCAUUGAAGAGAAAAUUUGCCGGAGACUGUUGCGUCAAAUUGUCGAAGGAGUCCGCUUUCUACACACGCACAAGAUUGCCCAUCUUGAUCUGAAGCCUCAAAAUAUUUUGCUAACUAAUCCACUGCCAGAUGGUAAUGUGAAGCUAUGCGACUUUGGCAUUUCUCGAUACAUUUCCGAGUCAGCUGAAAUACGAGAAAUUAUGGGCACCACUGAUUAUAUGGCGCCGGAAAUUUUGCAGUACGAUCCUAUCUCACUGGCUUCGGACAUUUGGUGUAUUGGCAUUGUCGCCUAUGUGCUCCUUUCAGGGCACUCUCCAUUUGGUGGCAACGAAAAGCAGGAAACAUACUCUAAUAUCACAAGUGGGGCACUAGAGUUUCCAGAUUCACUAUUUGAAAAUGUGUCAGAACAGGCCAAAGACUUUAUUCGUCGUUGUCUAAUUCGCGAUCCUUGUGAGCGAAUGACAUGCGAUGAAUGUCUGGAACAUGAAUGGAUAUCAAAUGAUGAUCUGAAAUUAGAGAUAAUUACUACUAGUUGCGAAGAAGUGGUGGUUCUGACCAACAACGGCGUCGCUUGUGAUGGCGAGAGUAACAAGGAAGAAGUCAAUCUCUACACUUGA